AUGCUUUUCUGCUCUUUCCAACACAAAGGAAUUGCAUGGACUGUUUUAUUGCCACUCGUCUACAGUUCUAACCUUAUAGUGAACGAAUAUGGAGCAGGAUCGAUUCGUGGCUCACCGGCUGUUGCUGAGCCUUUUCGUUCAGUUAUCGUGGAUCGCUUUGUCUCGCUUUCCAUGGUGUCAUCAUUCAUCAUUGAGUUGAGCGAUUUGAGGUCCAGUGUGCGGCUUGUUCCAUUCCGCCGUUCUCGUCGACACUUGCGACCUCUUCAUGUUCACACGAGCACAGUUGAAGACGCUGCUUCUGCAACAUUGUUUCUUGCGUAA